UUUUAACCGGAGGACAUGUUUGAAACGAUGACAGGUUCGAAAUGAUCAUGAUAUUCCUCUUUAUUUUGACCUUCCUAUAUUGGAUAACUGCCGCGUUGGACGUUAGAAUAAACGGGCAGCUCGAAUUGGAGAGGAAAUAUUGGAAUCGAUACGAUCCAACGUUGAUCGCCGAGGGGAUUUACUGUCUGGCGACGAUAAUGGCCUUUCUGAAAUUGUUGUACAUCUGUCAGUUGGACUAUUAUCUCGGACCGCUUCAACUCUCCCUCGGCCAGAUGAUCAAGGACGUGGUGAAAUUCAUCAUACUCUUCAGCAUAAUCAUUUUUGCAUUCACCGCCGGCACGUGUAGAUUGUAUCAAUACUACGAGGACAUGGUUCAAAUUGACGACGAGUCGAAAAUCAAGACCCAACAGAUCAACUCGUUCGUCAAUUUUUCAGCCACGUUGAAGACACUUUUCUGGGCAAUUUUCUGUAUGAGCCCCAUCGAAAGCGCCGAUGUGAUAAUUGAGAACCUUCCGGGUGAAUCGGAGAACGAGACAAUCAUCAAUCAACAUACAUUCACCGAGAUUAUUGGCUACAUAGCUUUCGCCGGAUUCACUUUUAUUAGCGUGAUCGUGAUACUGAACAUGCUGAUCGCAUGCAUGUCCAGCACGAUGACGAAAAUCACUGAGAAUGUAAUCGUGGAAUGGACUUUUGGACGAACUGAGGCUUACGUUGAUUUUAUGCUCACGACCACGCUUCCACCGCCGUUUAAUAUCAUUCCAACGUACGUUGGUAUGCAACCUGUUGUCGAGUAUUUGAAAGUAUGGCUGAAACCAACCCCGGACAAACGUGCACGAUGGCAUCCAAAUUAUUGCUUUUAUAUCGAAACACUAACGGAGGAAAACGACUCUGACUUUUCCAUAGUGAUGGGACAAUUGGUCCAGCGUUACUUCCGGAAGAAAGACAAGGAGGCGGAGGAGAACGAGGCAGAGAAGCUAACGAGAGAAAUUAUAGAGCUGAGAAAUCUUUUAAGAGACGCACUCACCACCAUUUGAAGAGGAGAAUGUAUAAGACAAAAUGAGGAAUUCCAAUAUCCUCGUUGUUAGUGUUAUCGGUAGACUGCGGAUUUUCAUGCAUUAAUGAAACAAACUUCUGAAGAGGCAGGAAGAUGCAGAGAAUGCACGCAAUGUACAAUA